AUGGCUGUUGUGGCUGUGUUAGUCGCUCUCUACGAGUGGAAGGGCUGUAAAGCCCUUGUGGCUUAGCGCUUCUUUUUUAUUAUAAUGAUAAUAAUACGAGUGGAAGGUAGCUCGGUGCUACUUACUCACGGUGCUCCUGUGACACAGGCCGUCUUAAAAGUCCACUCAGAAGAAGUUUGUUAAAGCUUGAUAGGAAAAGCGAUUGUGGAGGUGACUACUGGCAAGUCUAGUUCCUGUCGUUGCGGUUAUUAAUGAGUGUCACAGUGCCGCAAGACAUUUGUGUGUCAUAUACAAGUGAAGUCAGGUCGUGGUGUCAUAAGUGCCCUAAGACACGUUGGCCAUAUGCAAGUGAGGAUAGGUCAUGGUGUGACACUACUUCAAGAUACGUGUUUCAGAACUAUACUCAGAAAUUACGGCCGCUGCAGCAGCAGUGUUGCGGUAGAGGAAGAUCAGUGAGGUGGUAGAACACAAGGUGGGAGGCGUGGUGGGCGGCCGCCAGGUGUCCAGCAUGCAACACUGCAAGGUGACCAGUCUCCCUCACCACCUCCAUGCUGCUCAACCACAAGGAGGUGAGGGGUGGUGAGGGUGGUGGUAGAUGGUGGGCGUGUGGAACAGUCUCCUGUAUGGUGUGGGCGCCCGGUAUGGUGUGGGCGCGGGCGUGGCGGCGCUGGCAACGGUGGGCAUGUGUGGCAGUAGCAGUGAUUCUUGGGGCAUGGCUGCUCCUAGCUGCCCCUUGUGCCCUGCUGGCUUGCCCCCCGCAAGACUCUGAGGAUUCACCUUCUGAUGCCACCGAAGAGCCUCGCCAACACGAUGAUCCCGCCCACCUCAUGUGUACCUCCUUCACGUUCGUACCUUCAGGGCAGCGACGAGUAUCUCGUAGCUCCCCUCAAUUGGGGGAGAGCAGUCCCUACAGUGUGGUGUAUGACUGGCUUCCCGCUGCUCAAACCUUCACUCUCAAUGAGUCGGUCACUUACACGACACACACCACACCUGAGAUGAUCGCCCACGUAGCAGCACUGGCGUCCCGCUGGACCGGGCCUAUUUCUGUAGCACUGUUUGUUCCUCAUUCAGACUUCUGUUUAGCAGCUGCUCGUGUGGCUUACCUGCGUGUAUGUGGCCCUCCUGCAGUGAAGGAACGUGUCUCGUGGCACAUCUUCUGGCCACGUGAUGCCCCUCCUGCAGCUGAUUGGCACCUUAUAGUGAAAGAAAAUACCAUUGAUUGCAAUGCAGACAAAACCUCAUUAGUGCGUGGGUAUCGUGCAACAGAAGUCCUGCCAUAUCCAGUGAACGUUGCUCGCAAUGUUGCACGAGUUGCAGCCCCCACGUGGUUUGUGCUUCCCUCAGACGUGGAACUUUAUCCAUCACAUGGCCUCGUCGAUCAGUUCCUGGCACUGGUUCAAAGGAUAAACUCCGGAAAAGAGAGAAGAGUGUCAGCGGCGUCACCUCGGGUGUUCGUGGUGCCUGUGUUCGAGGUGGCUGCCGUGGUGCCUACUGAUAAGGAGGAGCUGGUGCAACAGUACCAUCAGAAGGAUGCUGUCUACUUCCACCGCCAUGUGUGCGCUCACUGCCAACGCUUUCCUGCUCUCACAGACUGGAUACGUCAGCCAGGGAAAUCUGGCAUUCUAAAGGUUUUCUCGGUGGUGAAGCGACAGUUCCCAUACCAUCGCUGGGAACCCAUCUACAUCUGCACGAAGGACGAACCACUCUACGACGAGCGUCUCUCUUGGGAGGGUCUCCAGGACAAAAUGACUCAGAUGCACGAGCUGUGUCUCCGAGACUACAACUUCGUCAUCUUAGACAGAGCGUUCCUCGUCCAUGCUCCUGGGAUUAAGAAAAGGAACAAAAGUAAAGCCAAGAUGAAGCUUGGAGAGAUCCUUUUGUUGCCAAGAAUUCAAUAAUCUACGACCAGAUUAUGGAAGAAAUGCAAAAUAAAUUUGGCCAAAGUGAAAAAUGCCGUCGCCAUUGACCUGGGACGAAUCUUUUGUUUUACAUCAGACAUAACCAGUGUAUUGUUACAAGAGUGACAAUAUAAUGUCAAUUCAACACUACCUUUUCGACGUGAAAAUAAUGAAGUCUUUGGUGGUAACUGAAAAAGUCGCUAUUUUUCCAAUGUGUGUGAUGACAAUGAUGCGGGUAACAGGUGCUUAUCCUAUGGGGGUUCUUCACCUACUUUCUCCAUGAUCCCUCACACGUCUUAACACUAACAUGGUUUUUCCUUUCACUCUUUGUAACUUAGAAUGGUCAUUAGAGUCAGAGAAUAUUCUUGGCUGAGGGUGAGUGGUUGCUGCUUCUUAGUGGUAUACUUUAACAUACAUAUAUAAUUUAUUGAGAUGUUUACCACAACUAUUGGCUUUUCUGUGCUCCUCUAUAGUAAUUAGUGCCAAAUGCAAAGAAUUUGAUUUGAUAAUUUAACUAAUUUCUAUAUAUUUCGUGAGUAUCUUUCCGUUUUCAUUUAAAUUAAAAAUUAUAGUAUAAAUUCUGGUAUAAUUUUAGUAUAAAGUAGCGAAUAUAUGCGAAGUUAUUAAUUUAAAAAUAAUAUAUACCUGCUUUUAAUUUGGCAGUAUGAACCAAGCAUUCAAAGAUGUAUAACAGUGUAGGAAACACUGUCAAGCUUCCUGGCUGAACUUUUGAAGAAUUUGUUCAUAUGUUUUUAACUGGCGAUUUAAGUUUAAUCAUUUUGUUUACUCUCUCCAAAUAUCAACAAAAUACUUGCUGAAAAAAGCAGGCUUGAUUGGCUUGCAAUGAUUAAUUGUUUAUUUUGUUAGAACCGGUCUGCCUCAAUGGAUGGGGAAAGGGUAAGGAGGAAAGAGGAUGGGGAAUGGGGAGGAGGAGUAAAACUAUUGCCAAUGAGGCUCAAGAUUUUUUCAUCUCUUCGAUGAUGAUAAUAGCCGAGGGGGUUUAAAUUUUUGAGUUGCUCUUAAGACUCUUACUGAAGAUUAGUUGCGGCCGAAUAUAAACGCAAGAGAAGUGUGUAUCUCAGAGUAUGCACCGAGACGUGUGGGUAUGUAACCCGAGAGAUGUGCGUCUCUCAGCGUACAUUGAUAGGUGUGCAUCUCUCAGCGCACAUGACACUGAGAGGUGUGUCUCUCAGUGUUUAUAAAUUGAGAGUUGUAUAUAUUGUACACGGUUUAUUUAAAUUCGUUUUCAAGAUAUUUUUAAUGUAUUCUUGAUAUUAGUGAACAGGAGCAUCGUAGCCUUAACGACCCUCGUGCUUUAAACCAAGCAAACUACUGCUGAUCCGGUCCUUCUUGUUAGUUUACUCGUCAGAAAAAAUCAUGAACGGAUCUUUGUCAUUGAAUGACUCGUUCAGUGGUGGCGACCACCACAUCAGCGACUUGUAGCUUGGUAUAAACCCUGGUAACUGAUACCAACAUUUGGUUUUAAGACACGUGAGCAAACAAUGGACAUCUUUAUUAGAAAGUGUUUCGGUCCUGGGACCUUGAUCACUUCAAAGUGAUCAGGGUCCCAGGACCGAACCGACUUCAAAAUGAUCAAGGUCAUUGGACCGAAAAAUUAAUAAUGGGAAAUGCAAACGUGAACAGUUGCUGGCCAGCUACAGGCAAACAUUGAUCUAAUCCUAUCAGAGAAAGGGAUCAAUAUCACAUGUGACAUUUUACCUAGAAGGAGAUUGGGCAAUAAAUAAAUAUUCAGGUUAUUUGGAUUAAAUUGUAGGCUACACAAAUACUGGAAGAAACUUAGAAUUUCAUUCAUUGACAACUAGGAUAACUUCUAUAGCAAACUUGAUUACAUGAUAUUAAUACAAAAGAUGGGGUGCAUCUCUGGUGCAAGAGUGAUAGCAUUGGCCAAUUCACUCGAAGGAGUCAUUUUUAAAUUAUUCUCGUUUGAGAGUAAUCAGCUCGUUCAAAAUUUUUACUACACAUUAAAAAUAUGAAAGAUUUACGCUGUACGAAUAAGAAAGAUGCUAUAAGAAAGAAAGAUAAUAAAACAAACUGGUGUUAUAUUGUUUAUUAAUUGUUAAAUAUCUAUCUUUUUUAUCUCCGUUUUAUCCAAGUUUAUACUAUAUGACUUAAAGUAGUUUAAAAGAAUGUUAUCACCGUUAAAGUAUAUUGUGACAUUUUUUACCUUAAACCAACCAUAACCUGUGGAUCAUUCAGCAUAAUUGUAAUUUUAGCAAGAAUUUUGUAACUGAUCAAGUGAAGAAUAUAUUUUUUGAGUGACGUUACUGAUGUUUAUCAUGGUAGGUGCCUAAGUGCAGUUUCCAGUGGGUAUUAUCCAGACAGGGUUCACCUCUGGUAUUACAUGAUCGGUGGUGUCAUAGUAGUGGGUCCCACACCUUAAAUUCUGCAAUUCAGAUUCACUUAAACACGUGUUUUCUUACGCAUGUGUUUAUUACCACAGAAUGACUGUACUAACAUUAAACAUUUUAUGGACAUUUCUGCGUUUAUCUUAUUUUUUGCUGGUCGCGUGUCAACUUUAUAAUACAAAAUAAUGGUCGGACACACAGAAGGUAACUAAAUUUCCUCCACGCCAUUUUUUGAUAAUGGGUGAGUGGUAAUGUGCUUGUAGGGAGACACAAGGAGAGUAUCUCCUGACGUUCUUUGUUAGAAGAUGACCAGUCACAAUGAUGGAGCUGAGUAUUAUUAAGUCACUGAUGAUGUACUGGUGCUGAGUUUUUGCGAUUAAGCAUAACAGUAAUCAGCAGCCGCUGACGUACUGGUGCUAGGAUUAAACAUCCACUUGCUUACCAGUGAUACAUGACUGUGGUUAAACAACCACUGGCUUACCAAUGCUACAUGACUGUGGUUAAACAUCCACUUGCUUACCAGUGAUACAUGACUGUGGUUAAACAACCACUGGCUUACCAAUGCUACAUGACUGUGGUUAAACAACCACUGGCUUACCAGUGCUACAUGACUGUGGUUAAACAACCACUGGCUUACCAAUGCUACAUGACUGUGGUUAAACAACCACUGGCUUACCAAUGCUACAUGACUGUGGUUAAACAACCACUGGCUUACCAGUGCUACAUGACUGGUUAAACAACCACUGGCUUACCAGUGCUACAUGACUGGUUAAACGACCACUGGCUUACCAGUGCUACAUGACUGGUUAAACAACCACUGGCUUACCAAUGCUACAUGACUGUGGUUAAACAGCCACUGGCUUACCAGUGCUACAUGACUGGUUAAACAACCACUGGCUUACCAGUGCUACAUGACUGGGGUUAAACAGCCACUGGCUUACCAAUGCUACAUAACUGGUUAAACAACCACUGGCUUACCAGUGCUACAUGACUGUAGUUAAACAACCACUGGCUUACCAGUGCUACAUGACUGUAGUUAAACAACCACUGGCUUUCAAAAACUAGUGUUUUUUUUUUACCAUUUAAUGUGGAUUAAAAGUGAAACGUAUGAGAGCACACUAGACAAGCAGACUACAUGAUAACACACUAGCGGAAGCAGAGCACAUAACUGCACUAGUGGAAGCAGAGCACAUAACUGCACUAGUGGAAGCAGGUUAUAUGCUAAUUUACUAGCGAAAGCAGGCUACAUUCACAUCCAACUACUUUCACAACGUUGUAUGCGUGUAGUUGUAGUUCUCAUCUCGUGUCUCACAUAAAUUACAUACUAGUCAUAAUCAUUACUUAUCCGAAUCUAUGAAGCUCAUUCUAAAAUGUACCUUUGUUAUUUUAUUUCAAGUGAAGAAUUAAAUUCUUAAAAAUAAUUCCAGCUUUUCCUAUUAAUGACAGACAUCAUUUUCCUGUUGUGAACACAAUCAAAUGGAUGACGGAUGAAGGAACCUUAAACUGAAAAUCCUGGGUCAGUGGCUGCGUGUUGUCUGUGCGACAGAACAUUAUCACCUUUAUCUAUAAUUAUUUUUUUCUGUUUUUGUAUGUUUUGGG